GCGGCGCCGGGCCCUUGGCGGCCGCCGUAACAGGACGGGUUCGGUCUACGGUGGCUGCAGGGACCGGGGUGCGGCGGGGGCCGGGCCGGGGCCGCCAUGGGCAACCUGUUCGGCCGCAAGAAGCAGAGCCGGGUCACAGAGCAGGACAAGGCCAUCCUGCAACUGAAGCAGCAGCGUGACAAACUGAAGCAGUACCAGAAGAGGAUCACCCAGCAGCUGGAGCGGGAGCGGGCCCUGGCCCGGCAGCUGCUGAGAGAUGGCAGGAAGGAACGGGCCAAGCUGCUGCUCAAGAAAAAGCGAUACCGGGAGCAGCUGCUGGACAAGACGGAGACCCAGAUCAGCAGCCUGGAGGCCAUGGUGCAGAGCAUAGAGUUCACCCAGAUCGAGAUGAAGGUCAUGGAAGGGCUGCAGCUGGGCAAUGAGUGUCUGAACAAGAUGCACCAGGUGAUGUCCAUAGAAGACGUGGAGAGGAUCCUGGACGAGACCCAGGAGGCCGUGGAGUAUCAGCGGCAAAUAGACGAGCUGUUGGCUGGAAGCUUCACUCAGGAGGACGAAGACGCCAUCCUCGAGGAGCUGAACGCGAUCACUCAGGAACAAAUAGAGCUGCCGGAGGUUCCUUCAGAGCCCCUUCCCGAGAAGAUCCCAGAAAAAGUCCCUGUCAAGGCCAGGCCCAGGCAGGCGGAACUGGUGGCAGCUUCGUAACACAGCCUCCCCUUGCGGGGCUCGAGGGAUUCCCCAAGGACUGUGGCCACUGGGAGCCUGGGCUCGUGGCCGGCCUGACCGGGCUCCCUGGAGAUCAGCGUGGACGGUGCUCAGGAGCGCAGCGCAGGGCUGGCGCGUCAGGGUGAUUCGGUCACCCCUCGCAGCUUAAAGUCUGAGUGCACGUGGGCGCUGCUGUCUUGCUCUCAUUUCUGGACUAAACGGCAGCGGCUGGACCCCGGCCAGGCUGCUCCUGGCGGCUGCACUCUGCGGUGGCCAGGCCAGGCUUGCGGUGCUGCUCCCGACCCCACACAGCCGUGCUCCUCUGUGGGGAAGGACCUUGGGGUCCCGCGCUUCCUUUCACUUCCUGCUGCUCCCAUUAGCUGGUGGGGCUUCAGUUACGGGGUCUCUGCCGUGGCCUGGCCUCCUGACAUGCCUCAGUUUCCACAUACAUUGGGCGUAGAAGCCCCAUGACACUAGUGUUCGUGGAACCUCUGGAUGCCUCGGCCUCAGCGCCCCACACUGCAGCCUCUCGUUUGGGGGCGGUGGGCCAGGGGCCGUCCUUGCGGGAUUGACGGCUCCGGGAGCCCUGGCUUCACCCCUCGUCACUCGUGGGCCUGUGCACGGUGGCUCAGCCCUGCUGACAACGGACAUCCCGACGGGGAGACGAGACCCGUCCUGCGGUGCCUGUGGGCGCCCGCGUGUGGGGCUCGUGGACCUGCAGGGACCUGGGCCCCCCGACCCGCCAGCUUCCCAGCCACCAGCAGCCAAGACGGGAGGCCUGGACAGGACUUCUUGCACGCGGGUGGUUCUGUGAUUAGACGGUCUCGCCGGGAUGUGCCCCGUCUGUGACGCCAGCAGGAGCAGAGGCCUCGAGGGCCACCAAGGACACAGGGGAGCUGCUUCCUUAACCCCCAAACAGGAUGGCCCCAAAUUAAAGUUGGCCCCCUGCACGG